AUCUUACGUCCUUCAAUCCAUUUGUCCGUGGAUGUAUGCAAUAUAAAAUUAAAAACAAAUCUUAAAAACGGCUUAUGUCUUCUUUUGGAGAUAGUCGUGGACAAUCACCGUCAGAUCCGACGGAUGCUGUGGAUGAGAAUGAUGUGACAACACUCUCGAGAAAUUCCAAGGAGAUCACGUCGUCAGAGUAUCACACUGACUCGCCCGGAGCGGUCACAGACGGCGAAAGUUGGGACGAAAGUUCGCAAGUUUUCAAACUAUCUAAAAAGGAGUAUCAAAAGUAUCGACGAUGGUAUUAUCAUGAUCUCAAUCUCGUUAAUGCUGUUGAAACCGCCGCGUCGAAGGACCUAGCCCAUAAUUUGCUUGGAUUUGCUUUGGAAAAGAAAGCACGUUUGCUGCAAAACGAGAAUGCAAAUAGGCAACCUUGGACGUCCAAGUUACGUGGGGUCGAUCGAGAAGAUGGUCCAUGGUUGAAGACUCUACGGGUGGCCAACGACUGGGUGGCUUGGCCACUUCCUCUGGACGAAUUCCCUCAACGAGGAUUGAUCUUGUCGGAUCCAAGGCCAGAAGCAUUUUUACGGCCUAGAAAAAGAAGGAGGAAGAUUGUGUCUCCAAUAACGGAGCUUGAGGACGCUCUUUGUAGCGUUGCUAUGGAACAUGCGCGGAGUCAAUUUGCUCAGUACAGUUCCGUCGACCCGGCAUCGCGAUCGGACCAUGCAGAGCAGGAGCAGGACACGCAGAUCCCAAACCUCGCCGACUUCGAAUUCUCGAUCGACGACGAUCACUCGGCUUCGGUGUUGAAGCCCGUGAUCCAACGAACCAUUCGUUUGAUGGACAAGCUUUUCGCUGGUCUCCAGACAUCCCAGGUCGCACAGCGCUCCGGUGGAUCCAUAAACAGCAAGCCGUCCGGGAGUACACAACAAACCUCAGGCGUGGAAAACCUCAGAGACUGGAGCGACGUUCUAGCAAUGGCCGCAGUCGUCGGUUGGGAUGCCAAUGUGCUCACCCGGACUAUUGAACGAUGUUCGAAAAUGUUCGGCGAGACGAUGUCUACUUUGCCCCUCAGCAGCCUCGAAGAACUCUCUAGUCGGACCGAAUGCAUUCCAUACAGAGGAGAGACACUUUGGAAUGAUCCAUCUGUUCAACUUCACGAUUUAGGCGGAGCAGAGCCUUUGCAGAAGAAGUCAACAGUGUCCUACGAAAUGUGAGUGUGUGACGCCAGAGCCGCAAAGGCGAACUCAGAAAGGGUCGUAUCGUACUUGCAACAUUUCGCUAAACACAGUGAUACCCAAUUUAUAUAGAACUGGCUAGAAAUAAAUGGAAAAUUUUAUUA